CACAAUAAGCCGCAAUACCCUCCUCUCGGCAUAUUUCUCGAGGCAAGCACCGAGAAUUUCGUUGAGUGCUCCGGAUGAAUAAUUUCCCCUUCCGCUUCGCUUCCCCGGCUUCCUCCGCAUAAAGGCCUUUAACCGCCGGCCCCUUAAAAAACCUUCCUCCUCUGCUCCUCUGCUCACGUUAUCCAGAUUCAAUUUUCCGCUAAGCGUCCCUCUCCCUCAUCCUCUACUCUGUUAACACCAUGUCGUCUUGCCGCUGUUAUCGACAUCUUCAUCUCGCCAGGAGCUCGACUUGACCCAUUUAAAUCCUAUCUAGCCCCGACUGUUACGGAGUACAUCAACAUCUAGCCACCUAAGCCUGGUAAGCGUGGUACUCUGAUGCACGUGCAAUCACUAGCUGAACGUAUUUCAACCUAAGCCAUUGACUGCUUCGUCCUACGUCUCUGAGAACUCCUUUCAGUACUUUUACCCGCUCCAAGACUAUUUCAGCAUGCGAAUUCAGCGAAGUGUCGGCCUUUUAAGUGCCCUCAGGUUUUUUUGUUCGGAAAGCUCAGUUCUUCGUACGGAUAGUCCUAUCAUCGUUUCGGGAACAAGCUCUCCUUGGCAUGGUUCUAUUGGCGUGGGCAAGUGUGAUUAUUUUUUUUCUACAGUCCGUACGAAUUCCUGGCAGUCAAUGUUGAAGAUUUUACUGUUUGGAUCAACUGCUAUCUCCUUUGGGUUAAAUGGACAUGCUGUCCUAGCGAAAGAUGAUUCAGCAUCUGAGAGUGAUCAGGGAGAUGAUUAUGUAGUUGGAUUGCAUAGAAUCGAAGACAGUUCCGUGAUAUCCAAUUCUCAUACUAUAAAGUGGAGAAUUUUUACUAAUAAUGGGAGGGAUCUGUUUCAAAAAGGUAAAUUAGAUGAGGCAGAAAAGUUCUUUCUGUCAGCUUUGCAGGAGGCUAAAGAAGGAUUUGGACCAAGAGAUGCCCAUGUUGGAUCAUCAUGCAGUAAUUUGGCAGCAAUUUACACGUCCAGAAAGGCCUUUGAUAAAGCUGAGCCAUUAUACUUAGAAGCGAUUAGCAUUCUAGAGGAUUCGUUUGGGAUUCAUGACAUCCGUGUAGGAGCCACCUUGCACAAUCUAGGGCAUUUUUAUUUAUUGCAGCGGAAAGUUGAGCAAGCUCAGAAGUAUUAUGAGAGGGCAUUGAAGAUAAAGGGACGUGUGCUAGGAUAUGGUCACCCUGAUUAUUCAAGUACAAUGCAUCAUCUUUCAUUGGUGCUUUAUUUGCAGGGCAAGGAGAAGGAUUCUGAGGAACUUUUGCGGGAGUCUAUUAGGAUUUUAGAGGAAAAUGGUCUGGGUGAAACCAUAACUUGCAUGAAGAGAACGCGGUCUCUUGUCCAAAUGUUAUUAAAAUCUAAAAGGCUCAUUGAAGCUGAAAAUCUUCAGAGGAAAAUAUUGCACAUCUAUGAAAUUUCAAAGGGAUGGAGUUUAUUGGAGACUAUAAUAGCAGCAGAAGACCUGGCUAAGACUCUCCAUUUUCUUGAACGCUUAGAGGAAUCACAGGAACUUUUAGAGAGAUGUCUUAAUGCAAGAAAAAAAAUUCUUCCGUGUGAUGAUGUUCAGGUGGCUGCUAACAUGCUUCAUUUGGGAAGAAUCACAUUGCUCAAAUCCAAUCAACUUAGGCAGAUGCAACCAUGCGAUGCAAGAAGUGAACUCGAGAAAGCAAAAUUUCUUGCAGAUAACUCAAUUAGGAUAGCGGGAGUAAAGAUGAGUACAGCAGUAGAAAGUCAAGAAGAUCUUCAAAGAAAUAGACUACCAAAGAAAACUGUGAUGGAUAGAAAGUUUGCAUUGAUCAUACUGCUGCAAUCGCUGGAUUUUCUUGGCCUUCUCAAGGCUGCAAAAAAUGAAAUGCCAGAGACUGAGACGUCUGAGAUGUGUGUACUUCAGUUUGACAUUCAAAGUGCCCUUCAUGAAUGCAUUUCAAUUUUCCGUGAGCCUGCUACACGGAGUUUGCUGCUCAGUUUUGAAGACGUAAAGGAGGAGUACAUAUCAUGUUUGAAUCAUCUCAUGAAUAUACUAUUGGAGGACGCAAAAAAUAGCUCGCUGAAGUCAUCGAAAGCUUUGGAAGAGCUGAUUGAUCAUGCACAGCAAAUAAAGGGUGAGCUUUCGUCGGGUUUGUGAUCCUGUUGAUUUCUUGUGAUUUAUUAUUUAUAUUUCCAACUCAUUUGAGAAAUAUGUAAUAUUCCCUGGCACUGAUUGAAAUUGUUUUAUGUGAUUUA